AAAAAAAAACCUGCUGUUCCUUUGAAAACCUUUUUUUUAUUGUUGUUAGCUUAUUCAUCCUUCGGAGGCAGCCGUUUUCCUAACUGCGAAGACCAGAAGACGAUCUCCGGCUCCUGCUGCUUUCGCGUUAGCUAACGUUAUUUUAAACGAUGACAGAGUACAAAGUGCGAAUAGCGUCUCCAAUCAUUUAAUAAUAUCUGGGGACCUGUUAGCUUAGCCAGCUAGCCUCGGUAAUUCGAUUAGACCAAGGGAAACACGGCGAAACACACUGCUGACAUGAUGUUUCCUCAAUCAAGGCACUCGGCAUCCUCUCAGUCCAGUCAACCUCUCAAGUUCACCACUUCUGAUUCCUGUGAUCGCAUCAAGGAUGAGUUCCAGUUCCUCCAAGCACAGUACCACAGUUUAAAGUUGGAGUGUGAUAAACUGGCUUCUGAAAAGUCAGAGAUGCAGCGUCACUAUAUCAUGUACUAUGAAAUGUCCUACGGGCUGAACAUUGAAAUGCACAAACAGGCCGAAAUAGUGAAGAGACUGAAUGGCAUCUGUGCUCAGGUGCUGCCUUACCUGUCACAAGAGCAUCAACAACAAGUCAUGGGCGCUAUAGAGAGAGCCAAGCAAGUCACACCCCCUGAGAUGAACUCCAUUAUACGGCAACAGCUCCAGGUGCAACACCUGUCCCAGCUCCAGGGCCUGGCCCUGCCUGUGGCCCCGUUGCCCCUGGGCCUCACCCCUCCCACCCUGCCUGCCGUCUCCUCCAGCUCCGGCCUGCUCUCCCUCUCCUCCAUCCUGGCCAACUACUCCCACGGCCAGGCCCAGGCGGUGAAGGAGGACAAGGCCCGGGAAGCGGCGGAGAGAGCACCCCGAGGAGAGGACGGGGACAAGUCAGACUAGAUCAGACACAGCCAGGAGGUUUGGAGAGGGUGGUUGUGGGGUGAGAUGUCUAAAGGAAAAAAACAAAAAAAAAAGAGAGAGGUAAAA